AUGUCUCUCGAGUCCACAAGCCACCAAACUCCUGACUUGUAUUGCAGUGAAGUAACUAGCGAAGUGAUUCACUUGGAGGAUUCUGACGAGGUUUUGAAGUUGAAUUAUGUUCUAUGGGAAGACUCCGAUGGUGAUGAAAGUUGCCUAUUGAGGUUAUUCGAAUCCGAACAUGACCAAGUACAGGAAUUAAUAAAGUCCCCAGGACAAAUUCGCAAAAAACCAUGGCUGGUUAAUGCUCGAGAAGAGGCCAUAAAUUGGAUCCUAAAGGUGCAUGCUUACUACAGUUUUAGACCCGAGACAGCUUAUCUUUCUGUAAAUUACCUGGAUCGUUUCCUCAAGUCACACACCUUGACGCAAGAUAAAGCAUGGCCUCUGCAGCUUUUAUCAGUUGCUUGUCUUUCACUAGCAGCAAAAAUGGAAGAAACCAAAGUGCCACAUCUUUUGGACCUACAAGUGAUCGAGUCUAGGUUCCUCUUCAAGCCCAAAACAGUUCAAAGGAUGGAACUUUUGGUUAUGGCCAGUCUCAAGUGGCGAUUGCGCACUAUAACCCCUUUUGAUUUUGUCCAUCUUUUCAUUGCCAAGCUUUCCUGCUCUACCUCCACAUGGGGGGAUUUAAGUUACACUGUUUCUCGUGUCUCUGAGGUUAUUAUCAGAACAUGUCUAGUCAUGGAUUUCUUGGUGUUUUCACCAUCCACAAUAGCAGCAGCUGCACUGUUAUGGGUAACUAAUCACUGUGUAGAUGACACGAAAUCAGAUUGCUUCCACAAGAAUAUAAACAUUGAGAUGGUGCAGAAAUGUUACAAACUAUUGAAGCAGAAACUGAUCAUUCGCCGAUCAGAACUUUAUUGGGCAAAGAGUUUGCAAUUAUUGCCCCGAAGUCCCACCUGUGUGCUUGAUCAUGCAUCUAUGCAAGAAAGCAGCGAUGCUUACAAGCCCUGA